AUGAGAAGAUCUCCCGGAGAUGGAUCCCCAGGUUAUGUGUCAAACAUAACCGGGGUCAUCAACACCAUAACCGAAAGUCUGAUGGAAAAAGAUAGUCAAAACUCCCGGAGGAGGACUUACCGACAAGCUAAUCCAAACCAUGUCGAGGCGAGCUUCCGUUUUACUAAGACAAUUACAUAUGGUCCAGGUGACCCCGUCCCAACUGUUUCAAGUAGUCACGAGGUCUUGGUAAUUGAAUUACUGACCAAUAACUAUAUAAUGAAGAAGGUGUACGUUGACCCUGAAAGUUCGGUAGACGUCAUGUAUUACCGGACUUUUGAAUGUCUGAAGUUAACCAGGGAUCAACUCGUACCCGUUAAGACUCCUCUAGUGGGGUUCGAGGGACACGUUGUCCACUCGGAAGGGAUGAUUACGCUGACAGUGACAGUCGGACAACACCUUUGGUGUCGAAUCGUCCCUGUCAAUUUUGUUGUGGUCAAAGCUGAUUCCACGUAUAAUCUGCUUAUGGGGCAACCCAUCUUGAAUGCGUUACGGGCUGUGUACUCAACGUACCACAUAAGUUUCAAAUUCCUCACGCCAGCUGGCAUAGCUGAACUGCAUAGACCCUCAACACUCGGGAAGCCUCAAAGGUUGGAGACCGGGGACGAGGUGGAAGAAAUUUCCUUGGAUCCUUCUACCCCCGAGCGAACCAUCAGCAUCGGCACUAGUUUGCCUGUGCCCCUCAAAGGCGAGAUGGUAAAUCUCCUCAAGAACUACCAGAAUGUUUUCGUCUGGAUUGCCGAGCAGGAUGUGGGAGCACCCCACCAUCUCAUGCUGCAUGAAAUGAAUGUUGACCCUCGUGCAAAACCUGUUAAGCAGAAGAGGAGAUACUUCGGCCCUAAGCGCAACAAAGCUGUGGCCGAAGAGAUAAAUAAACUCUUACCAGUUCGGAUGAUUAAAGAGGUGCAAUAUCCCACCUGA